ACACGUGGCUUUGUUCCAUAAGCAGUAAAUAGAAGCCAAACGGCUAAUAAAUCAAACGACAACGUAUUGCUCUUCUUCUUCUUCCUUUGUUCUUCAUUCGACUCUGCAUAUCAGAUCAGCUUUCAAGACACCUUCUCUUCUUCUGCAUUCUGGGAAUUGGACAAGCUCUUUGACAGAGACAACACGGACUUCAUCCUCAGCUCCCACGCCUUUGAAACCAUGGCUCUACCGAACAAGGCUUCCCAGUUGCUACCAAAAGGCGUCGUCGACGUCAAAUACGAGCGAAUUCCGUGCAAGUAUCCGGGCCACGAUACUCUCACGGUGAAGGUGACGGAGCAGAGCAGGUUUGCGGAAUACUUGUCCGUUGUUGUUUUGUACCAAGGUGGCCAAUACGACGUUUUAGGCAUCCAAAUCUACGACGGAAGUGUGAAGCAAUGGAAGGACAUGAGGAAUGCAUACGGCGCAGUUUACGAUCUGCCUAACCCACCAAAGGGAACGAUUUCAUUGAGGCUGAAACUCAAGAAUAUUGCCUCCGGAGGAGCAGUGAAAAUCGUCAAGCUGGAUAACGUUAUCCCACGUUACUGGAAGGCUGGGGUUGCUUAUGACUCCAAGAUUAAGCUUGCGUAAGUUAGAUAAUUAACUUGGCACACAAGUGGGUUCUCUCGUUUAUCUAUUUUAAUUUAAUUGUGUGUUGUGUCGUGUAAUAAAAAAAAAGUGAGUACACUUUGAAAACAAACCUUUGUGAUAAUGAUGCAAAUAAGAAGCAUCUUUGUUUGUAAUAUUCCUCCCCCCUACAAAUAAAACCAUAUCUGUGACAUGUGAAGUGAAUAAAUAGCUGACUAUGUG